AUGUUUGAUAUCCUGGAGGCAGAUAUUGUGGUUUUCCAGGAAGCAAAGAUCCAACGGAAAGACUUGCAAGAUGACAUGGUUCUUGUGUCAGGCUGGGACUGCUAUUUUAGUCUCCCAAGGCAAAAGAAAGGUAUAUACGUUUUUUCGAAAUGUGCUGCUAUCCGUGCCGAAGAAGGCGUAACUGGCGCACUUUGUCCACCAAGCUCCAGAACCCCCUUUCGCCAGUUAUCUGCUUCUGAGCAGAUUGGCGGCUAUCCCUCUAUUGAACAGAUGGAGGAGUUAUCCGAAGUAGACCCUAUUACUGUCGAUUCUGAAGGGCGAUGUUUGAUCCUCGAAUUCCCUGCUUUCGUGUUGAUAGGAGUUUACUGCCCGGCGGAUCGAGACGAAACCCGAGACGAUUUUAGGCUUGGUUUUUUUAAUUUACUUGAAGUCCGAGUGAGGAACCUUGUCAAGAUGGGAAAGCGGGUCAUUUUGGCAGGUGAUCUUAAUACCUGUGCCGGCCCCAUUGACUCAGCUCCAGCUCUAGAAAGGAUUAGAAAAGGCACUGAAACUGAAGAAGAGUACCUAUCUUAUCCUGCUAGACGCAUUUUCAAUAGGCUGGUGCGGCCUGUGGGCUCAACCGGGGAUACACAUGAUACCGAGUCACCCCCUGUUCUGCGAGACCUCUGUAGGGAAUUUCACCCCAGCCGGACUGGCAUGUAUACAUGCUGGAACCAAAAGGUAAAUGCUCGACCAGGCAACUAUGGAUCCAGGAUCGAUUAUAUUCUGUGUAGUGACAAUAUCAGGUCCUGGUUUGUUGAGUCUAACAUUCAAGAGGGGCUUAUUGUAUGUGUCAAAUUUGGACUUAUUUCCCCAUCGUUCAACAACUUACUAAUCCCUAACGAACAGGGCUCGGAUCAUUGUCCUGUUUAUGCAUCUAUAGGCGAUAGGGUGCCCUUUGACGGGAAGGAUGUUCAUAUUUUGGACAUCAUGAAUCCCAAGGGAACAUUCGACGACGGGGUAGAACAACCUCGCUCUAACAAGAUAACCCCCUUAGCACUAUCAGGAAGAUUGAUACCAGAGUUUGACCGCCGAAGGAAUAUCAAGGAUAUGUUCCGAAAUCAUUCCCUGUCUCGGAACAAUAGCGAAGUAAAGAUGUCAACGACAACUGAUACUCUGGCUGGGUCGGAAAUUCCUGGACCGGCCUCGCAGACCAAGAGUGCACAAGAAAACAAGACUGCACGAGUGACAAUGAAUCAUGCUCCCAAGCGAUCACACAGCACAGGAGUUCAGGCCCCUCCAUCUAAGAGACUAAAGCCAAAGGGCCGACCAUCUGGCGCUCGAAGCAAUGGUCAACAAACUCUUGUUGGAUUUUUCAAGUCCGAAAGGACCAGUCGUGCCGUCAGCGAGGAGAAUGCCACGGCUUCUAGUGACUCGCCACAGGAAGCCCCAGCUGAAGUCAAAAUAACUCCCGCCAGUGAGUUGGCAUCUACGGCGCAGAACAAUGAUUCAGUUCCAACUGCAGUGACGACCUCUCCCGACAAUUCAGUUGUUCCCUCAUGUAGCCCGACGGAAUCGUGGUCAAAGGUUUUUACAAGGAAGCCAGUGCCAAAGUGUGAGGGCCACCAUGAGGAUUGCAUCUCUCUUGUCACCAAAAAGCCAGGAAUAAAUUGUGGACGAUCAUUUUGGAUAUGUCCGAGGCCGCUUGGCCCGAGUGGUGAUAAAGAGUCGGGAACUCCAUGGCGUUGUCCAACUUUCAUUUGGAGCAGUGAUUGGAGGUCAAGCUGA